CACUAUGAGCUGCACCAGAAAGUUAUUAACGAAAGAGAAGUUGACCGAGCAAAUGAAUCAAGUGAGCCAAGAUGAAUACAAUGUUGCAUUGUCGAUGUCAAAUAUGUCGAACUCGAACUCCAAAGAAACCGAGAAGAAGCAGAUGAAGCGGAAGAAGGAUUGCGAGGAAAAGCAUGAGAAGAAGCGGAAGACGAAUUGGACAAAGAAAAUGGAGUUAGAGUGGAGACCUGAGGAUUGUGCGCAGCCAUUAGGGGAAGUGAGUAAGGUUACUGGUAAGGGUGCAAAGAAAAAGAGUCAUUACAAGACAUUCAACUUUCGUGGCUCACAAUAUGGACUGGAGGAUUCAGUGCUAUUGGUUCCAGACAACCCCAACAGCAAACCCUAUGGUGCCAUUAUAAAGGAUAUUUAUAUACCAAACAAAGAAAAAUACGUGAAACUUGCAGUCCAAUGGUUUUAUCGCCUAGAGGAUGUUGAUAAAAAACUUGUUGCAAAAUGGGAAUCAAAAGAUUCAAGAAACCUAUUCUACAGUUUCCAUCGCGACGAGGUGUUUGCUGAAUCUGUUAAGUACAAGUGUGUUGUGCAUUUCGUGCCAGAGAAUAAGCAAAUCCCAAACCGUAGUGAGCAUCAUGGCUUCAUCGUGCAACAUGUUUAUGAUUUUGUUAAGAAGAAGCUGAGGAAGUUCACUGAUAAUGUCUUUAACGUGCACCAAAAGAAUGAGAUUGAUCGUCUUGUGGCAAAGACGAUUUUACGAGUUGGUGAUCUUCCUGACAUUGAGAAAGACGAAAAGACUAAGAAUUCAAGGAGUAAGAGAAUUGUUCAGAAAGAGUAUAUGGGAAAAGGUAAGAGAAGGAGUCCUAAAGCCGGGACGGUUUAUAAGUCGAUCUUGGAGGAUUUUGAUUUGUUAACCGGUGAUUCGGAUCGUGACAAGGGAUUGGAGGAGCUACUGGAAGCAGUUAAGGACGAGUGUCGUACAACUAAGAAGAAACAAGCUCGUGAUAGUGAUUUUUACUGGCCAGAUGAUGUUGUUCCGGUGGUUCGAGCUCUUGAGCAGGUUUUGUAUGAUUCUUUGGCAGAAGAUAUGUCAAAGUACAAUCACAAGUUGGAGAUUAUGGUCGAUGAACUCAAGAACUCACGAGCGCUAGCUAGAAGACUUCUCGAUGGCGAAUUAAAGCCAGAACAACUUAUAAAGAUGGAAAGCUAUGAGCUAAUGCAGCGCGGUUUCACUUUUGAUGAAAUAAAGGCCGACUUGGAAGAGCCAGUAUUGAUGAAAGAUGCUCCAUCCACCUCCAAAAGUGUUGGGCACAAAGAAGAUUAAAGAAGAUACUAAACCUUCAAACAAUAUAUUUAAUGGUUUCUU